UUUCGAAACGAUCGGGACGCGCGUACCUUUGAAAUCUAUCGGAUUUUCGUGCCGCGUUCGAGUUUAUACGAGUAUGCACGAACAUGCACGAGUGUGAACCGAGUGUCCAGCGUCGCGUGGUACGUUUGUUGCGUCGCGUUGCAUCGUCGUUACAUCCGUUGUGUAACGCUCGUGCAACAAGCUUGCAAAAUUCGAGAUAUGACAGGAGACGUCUCGAAUGGCAUCCUUCAAAAUGUCGAUAACGAUUCUAUCGGCGAUCCUUUUUACCAUCGGCGCCUUGAACCAUCUUGCCCGAAUAAUCAUUUCGUCAAAACCAUGGAACGACAGUCCUGUGAUGAGCACGUAGCGAAUGACUUGCCGCUAAUGCCGAUCGGAACCACAUCGAUAACAUCGAUCGCGUCCGAGUGUUUCGACAUCGAGGCAGACAACGAGCAAAGUAUUUACAAUGACGGAUUUCUAGACCGUUGCAUGGAACUCGCGAGUUAUAAUCAUCCCGUCUGCGAUAGGGAAAUCACCACUUGGUUCAGACAAGUUCGACGACGGUGUUCCAACAUUCGCAAUUGGCUACCAAAGAUGUGUUCGUGCAUGGAGAUUGAUGGCUCAUUCCUUGGUCAAUCUGCGUGCAGUUACCACCGACUGAAUCCAAAGAAGAAUCUGUUCUGUUCUUUUGCCCGUGUUUGCACGUCAAAAAAAUUCGCUCAACAAUCAGACGAAAGCGAGGAUGACGAAAAACAGACGGAGGAACUGCGUAUUUACUGUGAUGAUGACACUUCCUACGACAUGAUCGUCGAAAUGAAUCUUCGUGUGAUCGAUUUGUGCGAAAUUCUUAAAAGGAAAAAGAACACUAUUGAAAUCGAUUGGACGAUUGUAGAAACCUGGCCAGAGCUAGAAAUAGAGCGUACAUUGGAAGAUCACGAAGACAUUUUGGCUGUGCAUAGAGAGAUGAAAACAUUUUCUGUUAAACGAUCACGAAAAUUUUUUUUCCGUCAGGAUUAUUUUAAGUACCAGUUUUUCCAUGAUCCAAAGCUAUUCUCUCCCACUGAGAUGAUCAAGAUUCCAGCCGUCUUUGCGGAAGACUGGGACGCCUUGAACGAAGCGGAAGCCACAUUACAAAAAUAUCUUGAAGACGAAGGUGUAGAAUGCCCAGAAGUAUUCGGUUUAGCGUGGAUACAGAACGGCCGUUUGGACGUUUGGAGAAGAAUCCAUUUGCUUCUUCGAGAUCGAAAGCUUUACCAAACGAAAAAGAAAAGGAAGCAAGCGUUUCUGUUCGCCCACUUGUCGGAUUACGCGGUGUAUAAGAUCACAAACGCCAGGAAGAGAUACGGAGCACCCUUCCCGUGGGGCAUCUGCCUGAGGCCGACCAGCACCGGCCAACUCAAAACCAUCGAGUCUGGAGAAGCCGGACUCAAGGUCAUCGCUUUCCACAGUGAAAAGUCUCGCGCCUGUUGGCUCACGGCCAUGAGACUCGCCAAGCACGUCUUCCAUUUAACUUUCAACUUUUCUUCCUGCCCUCGAACAAAUCUUUUCACGAUGCAAUGCGUUUUAUAUUCGCAGGAAUCGGUGCGGUCACGCGUGGCCAUGGAUUUUACCGGAAGCGUGGGAAGGAUCGUGGAAGAUCCGAAAGAGGCGAAGAAUAUCGCCGAGAACGAAGGGAUAAAUUGGCGGCGAACGUGGAGGCCAUUCUCGAGGCCACCUCAGGGUUGCGCUAUGGUACGACUGCACGGAUUGGACGAUGGAUUUCAUGUUUUGCAACCAUGGUUUCACAGAGGAUUGAAAAGAGAUAUCGCCGCAGCGAUAGUUCGAGACCACGGUUCUGUUGACGGCGUAUUCCUGGUACGGGAAAGCAAGAGCAAUUUGGGCGCAUACGUGCUCACAUACAAGUACAGUGAGAAGGUAUUCCACGCACAGAUUCAGCCUGUUUUCGACGAGCGAUGCAAUUGCUGGCUGUACACUCUUGACAAAGGCAUAACCCGUUUCUACGACCUGCUCCAACUGAUCGAAUUCUACCAAUUGAACGCGGGCUGUCUGCCCACCCGGCUAACUCACUACGUGCAGAACGGCGUACCCGAGAUGCUUCCCCUUCCUGUUCCUGUACCGUUGCAGCAGGAAGAUGGCGGAGGGUCACCACCAUCGCCUAUCGAGCUCGAUCGACGGCUGAGCAGUAACGUAGGUGGCGCCACUACCCCCAUUUCUGCCGCUUAUAACGCCGGACAUAAGAGUAUCUGAGGAUAGGAAUUCCAGCGGCCCGCCAGUGUCGAAGAGCGUCUCGUCACGGCCGACUGUUCCCUCGACUACGCUUCUCGACUGAACGGAAUCGCAAACGAGAACAGGUCCGGUGACGCGAACGUUCGAUCUGCGCGCUCGGGUUGCUGGAGUUUGUGUUUGUGCAGCUACAGUAAAUGGAAUUUGUAGCGUGAAUUUUCUGUAGCCAGACAGAAAGAGAGAGAGAGAGAGAGAGAGAUAGAACGCCUCUUGUGGCUAACGCUAGUUAAAAAACAAAAGGAAAAAAAAAAAAAAGAACAAAAAGAAGAGGAGAAAGAGAAAUGAUACAAAUCGAUACGAUAUGUAUAUGAAACCGAUAUAUAAUGAAAAGUGAGCAGAGCUUUGCGGGCUUGGACCGCAAUAUUACGCCCAUCUUCGUUUCCUACUUCUCAUUUCAGUUCACGCGUAACCGUAAAUGGAUUCGUUCGUUGUGGUUAACUGGUAUUUCAAAAAUCGGCUUUGAUAGCGGUUAAUCAAUCCCGAUUUUUCGAGUCGUGUGCCACGGCGCGAUGCACGCUCGAUUCAUUGAUCGAUCGUGUUUACGAAUCGAUUUACAGAUAUGAUAAUUUUUUUUUCAAAGGAAGCGAGGAUCAGGUGCAGUAGUAGUGGCAUAAGGAAAGAAACGAGUAUUCGUUAUAGAGGUCACGUUAUAUUAUUAAGACGAUUAUCAUCGAUGCAAAUUACGAUAAAAUAUAUAUUUUGUACGAACAAGUAGUAGGAUAAAA